AUGACGCCAAGCACCGAUACCCAAUCCUUUCCUCAAACAUCCACCGGCAGCUCCAGCUUCUCCAGCAAAGAAGCAUACUUCACCAGUGCCACUCCUGUGCAUGUCCCAAGUAACAGCCACUUCUCCGCAAACCCUGCCAAGCUCCAUAACUCCGUCUGCAACAACAUUAGUGAGAGCUACUUCGUCGCCAUCAUCCAUGCAGACAGAACUGCCGUUCCCGCUCCCAAGUUCCUCAUCGAUCUUUGCGUCGAUUUCACUGACAAUAUCGUCCUUUGA